AUGGCGAGAGAACCAAGUCCUGAAAUGGAUGAUGAACUUUUCAAUGAAGUUUAUGGGAAAGCAUACAGCGGCCCAGUUGCAUCAGCUGCAAAUAGUGUGACCCCUAAAGUAAAUGCUGAGAAGAGGCCCCUGACCGGUGAUAAGUCCGAUGAUGAAGAUGAGGCCCCGGAUCCUAAUGCUGUUCCUACGGACUUCACUAGCCGAGAGGCUAAGGUCUGGGAGGCUAAAGCUAAGGCUACAGAAAGGAACUGGAAGAAGAGGAAGGAGGAAGAAAUGAUUUGUAAAAUAUGUGGAGACUCAGGCCAUUUUACUCAGGGUUGUCCCUCCACACUUGGGGCAAAUAGGAGAAAUGCAGAUUUUUUUGAAAGAGUUCCAGCAAGAGAUAAGCAAGUCAGGGAUCUUUUCAAUGAGAGGAUAAUAAGCCAGAUUGAGAGUGAUGUAGGGUGUAAAAUCAGAAUGGAUGAGAAGUUCCUGUUUGUCAGUGGAAAGGAUAGGUUAAUAUUAGCCAAAGGUGUCGAUGCUGUGCAUAAAAUUAUUCAAGAGGGUAAAGGCAAACAUAGUCCAAGCAGUCCGAAACCGGAUCGCUCUAGAUCGCCUGUACGAAACACUACUGAGUUUCGCCCCAGACACUCUGAUUCUCAUCGCUCACAUAUCCCAAGAAAUUCUGAUUCUCAACGGUCCCGUAGUCCAAGAAAUGCAUCACGCUCUCAAAGUAAAGGAUACUAUAAUGAGAGGCAUCUAGAUGGUUGCUUACACAACAAUACGCCCAAGUUUUCAAAAGGAUCUCCACAAGCUCAUGCCAACUUCGGAGCAAAAGGCCGUCCAGCCCAAUCAAAAUCUCCACGCCAUACCUCUUAUCUUGAUGAAUUUCCUAGAACACAUGGCCAGAAUAACCAAUUUGCUUCACACGUGCCCAAUGACUGGGGAAUUGAGAGGCAUGGAGCAGAUGCCUAUUCAUCAAGUCUUAAGUUUGACAUGCCAUCCCACCAACAGACCUUGGAAGAGCUUGAGAUGGAGUUUAAAAGGGAAGCUACACAAUUAGCUAGAGCUCAUGAUCAAGAGGAGGAUGAAGAGAACCACAGGCAUCGAGAGUCGCUGAGAGUGAUUAGAGAAAAUUACAUGGAGAGAGUGAUUACCAUGAGGAAUGUGCAUUCAAGGAAGUGGGAAGAAUUUCUUGAACAAACCUUUAAAAGGCAACAACAACAAGCACAGCCUUCAUACACACAGACUGGCUAUCCAGGUUUUGAGCAGAGGACAACACAUAUUUCAGCUACACAUCAACCAAUGGAUUCAAAGAGAACAUAUCCGUAUGCUUCCGAUAGCUAUUCAGCCCCAAAGGCUCAUGCUGCAUAUGGUGAGUUUCAGCAUGAGAGGCAUGAUGAUCUUGGGAGGACCUAUGGGCGAUAUUAA